CGAACCCGCAACAUAUCUCGCCGACUCAAAAAUCAAAAUAAUGGGACGCCGUGCUUUAAAUUAAAAUUCCAAAUCUGCAAACUACAGAGCUCCUACAAUUUAAAUUACAAAACUAAGCUCGACCAACAGAACAACAAUGGCGGCACUACCCACUGAAAUAAUCGCCGAGAUUCUGUCACAACUGCCAGUUAAAUCACUUCUUCGCUUUAGAUGCGUCUGCAAAUCUUGGUAUUUCUUGAUUAAAACCCCUAAUUUUGUCAAAAUCCAUCUCGAUCAAACCAUAAUUUCCAACUCCGAUCGUCAUCUCCUCCUUUACUACCCCCGUCUUGACUCUGCCGAGCUCGACCAAAACCUCGUAUGUUUCUCGGAGGUCCUCCAUCCUCUUGAACCCCAGGCAGUCCACUUGUUUGGUUCCUGCAACGGUAUCAUCUGUAUCGCCGACCUCCACAAAACCGACAUCUUUCUGUUCAAUCCACUAACAAAAUCACAUUAUAAUCUCCCUCUCAAUCAAAUCCUUAACCUUAAAGUUGGUUAUAUGCUGUUUGGGUUUGGGUACGACAGUAAGAACGACGAUUACAAGAUUUUGAGGUUGGUUCAGGGGUUUACAAAAGAAAAGGUUUUCUACAGUGAAGCUCAGAUGUAUAGUCUGAACAACAAUUCGUGGAAAUCUGUUCAAGGUAUCUCAUCCUAUCUCCUCUUUAGUGAUUGUCAUGGUGUUCUUGUUAACGAGGCGUUACAUUUCUUGGCGAAUUCCGAAGAAUUGGGUCUAACAGGUGAAUACAUUGCUAGUUUUGAUCUUCAGACUGAGAGUUUCUCGCUUAUGGACUGUUCCAAAUUUGUUCAUAAAAUUGGGAAUUAUUUGAUGAUACUUUUGGCUCAAUUGGGUGGAUGUUUGUGUGCUUUGGUUAAUAAUAAUACGAAUUUUAUACUGGAAGGCGCUGAUUUGUGGGUAAUGAAGGAGUAUGAAAACAAAGAGUCAUGGGUUAGAUUAUAUAGUAUUGGCCAAGAGUGUAUCCAGAGUCGUGUUCAGAUCAAGCCUAUUGUUUACUCUGUAGAUGGGAAAAGAGUUUUGUUACAGAUAGACAGUUUGAAGUUCGGUUGGUAUGAUUUGGAGUCAGAAAAUGUUGAGAUGUUCACACCUCAAGGACUGCCGGAUGGAUCUUUGGAGACUGAGAGUUUUCUGGGCAGCCUUGUUUCGCUCGAAGAUAAGCAUCAUUCUGACAAAGAAACUUCACCAAGGCAAAACAAGUAUGAAUAUUUGUUUUCCUUUCCAAUUCAAUGCACAUUUUUCUUAAAAUAAUGAUUUCAACUCUGUGUUUGGUUCAUGGUUGCUAUGCAGGGGAAAUUUACUACUAAUACUUACCAUUGAUAUGUAAAAGAGACGCCCACUGCUCUUGACUAGGAGAUAGUCAUAGUACAUACAUACUCCGUUCAUCUCGUAUUAAAAAAAACAGGUCAAAUAGGGCAAGUAAAAUGAGACGGAGGGAGUAGCUUUAUCAUUUUCAGGUGGUUGCUAAGCUAUUCCUUUUAAGUACAUUUCAAUUACUCUUGUAAGGGGUUACACUUGCUUGCUGGUAUAAGGUAGUUAUGAUUUCCAUGAGAAGUCUAUUAACGCAGAGGCCAUUGGUGAUAUUUCACUCGGUUUGUCAAAGCAUUGAGUAUUUCUGAAUAUUACCUUCAAGAUAUAGUCUUAAUUCUUAAAUCUGGAAUGUGUUCAGAAGCACGUACUUUAUAACUUAACUUUGUGUCAUUUUAUCCUAUCUUUUGGUUUCGUUUGCUUUCAGAACUGUGUUAUGCAUUGCUAUUACCUUGGGAAGACCAUUUGUAUGUAAUGGUACAUGGCAGUAAUAAAUGCUUUGAAGCUCUUCCUUCUUUUCUUCAGAAAUGAUGUAGAUAGUUUUCUGUCUUCGGAGUUCAAGCUGAUACUGUGACCUGAUUCAAGAUGCCACAGCUAGGACUUUGUUCAGAACUGUGUAUUGUAAGUAUAAAGUAUGAAGUCGUCUUGCAUUAAUUUGAAAUUUCUGAUCAUUUAUGGAGAAUCCUUGUAUAUGUUCUCUUGCUAAACAUUUAACAUUGACUUUGGUGUGCCCCUUCACUUUUGAAAUGAAUGAUGCUAUAGUGUAUUUCUUUGAAAUUUUUUAUCCUCAUUUGAUAAAAUCUGUAAAUAGAGAAGGUGCCGUUUAGAUUGGACCAAACUUACACCUUUGACUACGGUAUGCAUGAUAUAAUAUCCUUCAAACUAGAUGGUCAUAUGGGAUUAUGCACAAGUUAACAUGAACUUUUUCACUGGUAUGUCUCUUCUUCACUGCCUCUUUUUGGAUUCCUGUACGAGUAUGAUGCUGUAAAUGUUCUAGGGCGCUAUUUUGUUUAUGUCCUAGAAGUAUGCGAUUAGCUGCUUCAUUGAUGCUUCUUUUUAUUAAUAAUGAAAUUAGCUAAUGCUUUUGAGCUCCCUGCCCCCUUCGACUUGUAAAGGAAGAAAAUGGAAAUCCACGAUGGGGACGGAAUAGAACAAAGACUGAUAUCUGUAAGGAGUAGAGAAGAGUUCAGAGUCAUAUUUUGCUGAAGAACGAUAAGGCUUUGGUAUUAAAUCUCAAGGACUCACAUGAUGCUUACUAUGUUCAAUAGGAGUGACCCAUGGACCAUGAUUGAGGUGGCAUUGGAGCUCAGGUGAUGCGUGGAUGAGUACGUUUCAAGACUCUUCGUAUUUUAUUGCUUAAUUAGAUUUAGUUCAUGAGUUUUUGGUCUCACUUGGGACGGUUUUCUCAUUUCGAACUUAGUUUACAUUGCAGUUUGUUUUAUGUUAGGUUUCCUAAUUCAAUUAAAAUUGAGAGUUGGUUUCCUAAACCUAUUAGGAUUCAGGUUUAGCUUUUC